AUAUGAGGAAGUAUUCAAUCAAACGCACCUGGUGACUCACGACGCGCCCCAUGAAAUAAUAAUAUUUUUAGAAAAAUUUGUCAGAGUCGAUAGAAAUUAAAGACGUGAUGGCAGAUCCAAGAGUGAAGAAUCUGAAAAUAAAGACAGGGGUGGUGAAAAGGUUGACAAAGGAGAUAGGAUAUUAUGAGAAAGAAGUUACUAAAGAAGAAGAGAGGUUUGAGAAAAAGAAGGCAGGUGGUGGUGAUGAGCAUGAACUAAAGAAGCAGAAGGAAGUUAUAGAGGAGUCUAGAGCAAUGAUUCCAGAUUCCAAAAGAAGAUUGACAGCCGCUAAAGAUGAGAUGAAAAAAUUACUGGAAAAUGAAGCAGACCUAGCUGAAACAGACGAUUAUAAAGAAGCGCAAAAGAUUUUAGAAGAAGCAGAAAACGUUCUAGCUGCGAAAGCUUAAUAGAAUAAUGGAUGUAAAACAUUUGAUAAAUUAUUUGUGUGUUGUACGGAAGAUAGUAUUAUUGUAGCACAUGUGUGAUAAAAGUAUAUAGCUGGUAUUCUUAAAGUGAUAUUCAUUACCAGGCUUUAUCUUUGAUGUUUUAUUCUGUUGGUUGAAGGAAACAGAAAGAGGAUGUUGGUGUUGUUUUAGUUAAUGUUAAAAUAAUCAUUAUUAUUAUGUGAAGUCACAAAGCAAUGGUAAAAGUCAUCCAGUGGUGUAUCCAAUCAUACAUCUGACCAUUACACUAUAUUUAUGCUAACCUUUCUGAGGUAAAAAUAGAGGAAAGUGGAAUAUGAUACUUCAUUGAACAGUUUUAUGCCCCCGAAGGGAGGAAUAUUAGUUUUCCGUCUGUCCGUUCGUUCGUUCGUUAGUUCAUUCGUUAGUCACAACAUUAACCUUUUGCAUGAAGGCACUUUACUCGUGAACCACUGCACCCAGGACCUUCAAACUUCACGUGCUGAUAGUACUUAUUGAGUACAUUACUCCUACUGACUUUGGGGUCACCAGGUCAAAGGUCAAGGUCACAGGGGCCAACAUUAACUUUUUGCAUGAAGGCACUUUACUCGCGAACCACUGCACCCAGGACCUUCCAACUUCACAUGCUGAUAGUACUUAUUGAGUACACCACCCCUACUGACUUUGGGGUCACCAGGUCAAAGGUCAAGGUCACAGGGGCCAAUGUUAACUUUUUGCAUGAAGGCACUUUACUCGCGAACCACUGCACCCAGGACCUUCACACUGCUCCUGCAGAUAGUACUUACUGAAUACAUCACCCCUACUGACUUUGGGAUCACCAGGUCAAAGGUCAAGGUCACAGGGGCCAACAUUAACUUUUUGCAUGAAGGCACUUUACUCGCGAACCACUGCACCCAGGACCUUCAAACUUCAUAUGCUGAUAGUAUUUAUUGAGUACAUCACCCCUACUGACUUUGAGGUCACCAGGUCAAGGUCACAGGGGCCAACGUUAACUUUGUGCAUGAAGGCACUUUACUCGCGAACCACUGCACCCAGGAUCUUCAAACUUCACAUGCUGAUAGUACUUAUUGAGAACACCACUCCUACUGACUUUGAGGUCAAAGGUCAAGGUCACAGGGACCAACGUUAACUUUUUGCAUGAAGGCACUUUACUCGCGAACCACUUCACCCAGGACCUUCAAACUUUACAUGCUGAUAGUACUUUAUGAGUACACCAACCCCACUGACUUUGGGGUCACCAGGUCAAAGGUCAAGGUGCUGUGGGGGCAUUUGUCACCAUUAGUGAUAGCUCUGUUCUCUUUAUCAUCAAAGUAAGAAAUUAUCUGUUGUUUGUAACUACUUCUGUCAAAAAAAAAAGAAAAAUAUUGUCACUGUAAUGAUUAAAAAGGGUUAUAACUGGUAAAGUAAGAGUUAUGUUGUGUUAAUUACCGUACAUGCUUAGUAAAAGGAUGAAAGUAUUGCACUUUUUACUGUUUUAUAAUUUUAUAAACAUUUAAUAUCCAAUUUCUGUUUGUUUUCAUUCUUAUUAAAUCUGGAUAGUUGUUAGGUUCUAUGACAAUUUUUGAUUGAUUACAGAUACAAGAGAAUGGACAAAACGUGAAUUACAUACAUGUAUUUGCAAAUCCUAUUUUUGAUCAGUGUAAAUCAGAUUGUGAUUUUGUCAGCAAAAAAAUUUUUACUGAAUUAAUUAUUUAGUAUUAAAGGUGAGGAGUAUUAGCAGGCCAGGGAUUUUUCAGGACUGGUCCUGAUUUCAGGUUUUGGGCUGCCAGAAUUUCCCUACAUAAUUCAACUGAAAAAGAACAUUUCAGGCUUCAGAAUGCAGAUUUUCAGGCUUUUGAUUUUUGACUGAAUCCCAGGCCUGUAUUAGGCAAAUGUUGACUGUAUCCUGCCAUACCUUUAAAUGAUAUUUAAAGUUGUAUAAGAUUUACUGUUUCACAGUUUUAAACACAAUCAUAUCAGAUGUUGGUUUAAAUCUAUAGAACACUUGUCAGUUAUAUUUAACUUUAAACAGCUAUAUAUAUAUAAGCUAAUGCAGUGACAGUGAAUUGUCACAAUAACUAUUUAUUAAAAAGACUUCAAAUUUGUUAGUGGCAUUCCAUAUUUAUACUGUAGUUAUUUAUACAGUUGUUUAAAACUUACCACACGUACUACAGUUUAUACACACAAACAUAUUGUAUGUGUACACAAUGUUCAUAUUAACAUGAAAUUUUGGCAUAAUAGAUUUUUAAGGAUUGCUUAAAGGCAUCUUAAGCUUUCUAGGUAACCAUUUUUUUCUCACAUUUUUGCUAAUUGUAAAUUAUUACAUUUUGAACAGGCUGUAAUAAUACCAAAUCCAGUGACAAUAUAGCGUUAGAGGUUGCAAUCGAGUAAAUUUUGGAAAAUGGACUGCCGCAAGUUUUGAAAAUUGUGUGAAGUAUGUUAUCUUAUGUCUUGUAUCACUGAUUUAGAAAAUGUUGAAAUUUAACUGUGAUAAUGCAUUAUCAUUUUAGCGUGUUUUUUUCCUUGUGUUCAUUUCACCUUAAUUUGAAAAUAAUCCAGUGUUCAGAUUUUAACAUGAAACAAUUCAUUUUACCUUUACCCUGCUAAAUCUUUUAAAUGGACUGGUCUGUCAUUCAAUUUGGGCAGUACCACUUGUUUAUCAAAGGGGUUUCCACUGAAAAUUUACUGACUGAAUAUGGUAGUGAACAGUGCAGACUGAUCAUGGUCUGAAAAAUAAAUGGUACUGCCCAAAUUGAAAGAAUAGAAUGGACCUGCCCAUUUUAGAAAUUUAGCAGGCUAAAGGUUAAAUAAUAUCAGCUCAACUAACACAUUAUCUUGAAUGACAUGUAGUGGUGUGAUAAAAAGAUUUAUACAUUUUUCUUUGUCAUCUGCUAGGACAUACAGUGAAAUCCUAUGGGAAAAAUAUACAAAGAAAAUCUGAAUAUUAUGUACAGGCUUCAAGCUUCGCAAAAUUUGUUUUUUAUUUAUAGAUCAAAAUAAGAACAAUUUGCUUGUUAAUGGGUACUACUACAAAAUUUGUUUUAGCAUAUCUGCUUACUUUGUGCUUGAAAGAACAUUUAUAGACUUGAUUCCAUUGAAAAUAAAUAGAAAAUUUUACCAAAA